GACAUGAUGAGAUGGGAGUGCAACAACGCGAAUAAACACAGUCAAGAUGCCACCACCUUACUUCCCCGUUCCAAAAGAGGACAUGCCGGCCCCAAAGUCAUAUUACGAGCAACAACGCGAGAUGCUCGUCACGGAGAUUGCCCAAAGUCUAGAAGUCGUGCUACAAAACAUCAACAAGCUAAACCGCUCGCUCGAAGAGGUCACGUCGGUGGGAAACGAGUUUGCGCCCGUGGAAUCACUCUGGAGUCACUUCGAAAACGUCAUGGCCAAGGAUCCAAACGAACAGCCAGAGGGUGCUCAGGAAGGUGCGACCGAGGCCGAAGGAGAGACGGAAGUGCCGGAGGAACGGAAGUAGUGAAUGCAGAACACGGCGUUAUUCUAUACUUUACGAUACCCAAAUGCGAAUGGAAAAGAGAGGCUUCAGAACAUGCGCAUGUAUCUGGGAAGGUGCUACUAACAGGAAUGAAGGAAGACAUAAAUAGACUACAUGUCAUGCAAUAUCCAAGACCAUGCGAUUGCAAGAGAAAGAACGGACAUACUUUACGAUGAUCAAGUCUGCGUUUGCAACAGAAAGACUCCAAGGGAUCGUUUCAUCAUAUGCGGGGGCCCUAUGAAAAAGCAAGGAAGAUGCAGGUACCCAAAGCACAGGAGAAAACUCGAGUCAGGGCAUUACUACAUACUUCACUACACUACAAGACAUUACUACAUCGAAAACUGACUAUCCAAAAAA